AUGAGGCUAUUAAGCUGGAACUGCCAAGGGCUUGGGAACCCUUGGACAAUUCGAAGCCUUUACGAUAUCGUGAGGGAUGAAGCUCCUACUGUCUGUUUCCUUAUGGAAACCAGACUUGAUAGAGAAGGUUUUAAGCACCAUUGUAGAGAAUUAGCUUUUCCGAAUAAAUUUAUUGUUAAAAAGCCUCAUUCUGGUGGAGGAUUAGCUCUGGUUUGGAAAGAGGAUGUUAAGCUGGAAGUAUUUAAUUAUACGGACAACCAUGUUUUGGCGAAAGUGACUGAGAAGUCUGGCUUUCAAUGGUUCUUGGCUGGUUUCUAUGGCUGGCCGGAUGUUAGUCAAAAACACAAGUCCUGGACCCUUUUAAGGCAUCUUUCCUCACUUGUUAAUGGGCCGUGGUGUUGUGUUGGAGACUUUAAUGCAUUUCUACAUGCUUCGGAAAAGCUAAGUAGCCACCCACCACCGGUGAAGCAAAUGGAAGACUUUGGGACUACUCUAGAGGAUUGUCAUCUGAUUGACUUGGGGUUCCAAGGCUAUAAAUUCACUUGGAAUAACAAGAGACCAGGUGCAGCAAACACUAGAGAAAGGCUUGACCGUGUGGUUACAAAUAAGGAAUGGAUGGACUAUUUUUCAGCGAGCUCGGUUUACCAUAAAUUCUCUCAUGCAUCGGAUCAUAUGUCUAUUAUUUUACAGACAGGGUCGGAUUGUAAAUUCAAAUGUAGAAUGGCUCGGGGGUUUAUGUUUGAAGAAAGGUGGCUUUAG